CCUAUCACCUUCCCACACGCACCUUCCCCACGCGUCGCCGUCCGCCCGUCCAUCCACCGGCCUAUAUCUCCCUCCUCCUCCUCCUCCUCCAUUCCUUCUCAGCUCAGCUCGUCGUUCUACUCAAUCUUCUCAGAGCUCAGCUUUGCUUGCCGGUCGAUCUUGAGGUCGUGGGGAUGGGCAUCCUGGACGCGGUGACGGAGAUGUGCGCGUGCCCGAGGGUGCGCGCGCGGCGGCGCAUGAAGAAGCGGCCGCAGCUGGAGACGGUGGAGAUGAAGGUGAGGAUCGACUGCGAGGGCUGCGAGCGCCGCAUCCGCAAGGCCGUCGACGGCGUCCGUGGGGUCACCGGCGUCGAGGUGCUCCCCAAGCAGAACAAGGUGGCCGUCACCGGGUACAUCGACGACCCGGCCAGGCUGAUGCGGCGGGUGGCGCGCAAGACCGGCAAGAAGGUGGAGCCGUGGCCGUACGUGCCCUACGACGUCGUGCCGCACCCCUACGCCCCCGGCGCCUACGACAAGAAGGCGCCCCCCGGCUACGUCAGGAACGUCGUCGCCGACCCCGACGCCGCGCCGCUCGCCAGGGCGUCCUCCGCCGAGGUCAAGUACACCUCCGCCUUCUCCGACGAGAACCCCAACGCCGCAUGCGCCGUCAUGUAGGUAGUCCGUGGCUCCGUGCACGUAGCCAUCUUCUGCCCAUGGCUUUCCUUCUGUUAACUAAGCUUGUGCUUAGAUCUGUAUAGUCUUUGGAGGUCGUCUGUAUAAUUAUUUUGUACGUUGUAUUGAACCCACAGAGUGAAAUUGUAUAAAUUACUUACUUA